UUAUUUUCCAUUUUCGAAGUCCGGUCUGCAAACUUAUUGGUCUAACAAGCCAAGAACUUCAGUGGAGAUUCAAGAUCAUCACAUUCAAGUCAACGAUGGGGUGUGAUUCUCGCUUCGAGAUCCAUCAAAACGCCUACAUCAAGCUCGUCCUACAUGCAAUCAAGCACAAAACUUCCGCCGUUAAUGGCGUUCUCCUUGGCUCCACCUCAGCUUCUGCUGACGUUGUCGAAGUUGUGGAUGCAGUCCCCCUGUUCCACUCCCAACUCUCCAUCCUUCCUCCCCUCGAAAUCGCCCUCUUCAUGAUAGAGGACUACUGUAGUAAUAAUGAUUUGAGCAUUGUUGGUUACUUUCACGCCAAUGAGCGUUUUGAUGAUGCCGAACUUGGAACUGUCCCAAAGAAUAUUGCUGAUCAUAUCCACCAAUAUUUUCCUCAGGCUGCUUUGCUUCUGUUAGAUGCCAAGAAGCUCGAAGCUUUACUCAAGGGUAAAGAUAGGAGUCCUGUGAUGCAGCUUUAUACAAAAGACGCCUCCAGGACCUGGAAACUUGUAGGAUCUGAUGGAAAAAGUCAAUUUACUUUCAAGGAGCCUGCAGCAAACACAGUUCUUUUGGAUUAUAUUUCAUCAGAGAAAUGGAAAGGAAUAAUAGAUUUUGAUGACCACCUCGAUGACAUUAGCAAGUAAAGUAUUAUCCUUUUUUAUGUGCCUGGUUUAACCUUUACAAAGUAAUCUGAUAUUAUUUGCAAUAAUGAAUGUUUCUUGGCAGGGACUGGCUCAACAAGGAUCUCUUUAAAUGAUAUAUAUCUUCUUGGAAAGAGCAUUGUAUUUACAUGAGGCUGGUUUAUUUGCAAUCUGUGCCCUUAUUAAGAAAUGAUCUGGUAUGCUCGGCCAACUAUAAAUUUGGAACUGGACGUGGGCUUUGUUUAGAAUGGUGGCUGUUUUCUUAAAUUGUGCCAAUUGUUUUUUAUCUUGAAACAAAUAGCAACAUCUGCUUGUUUUGGUAAGUUUUCACAUUAGAUGAAGAAAAACAAUUGAAUCUAGAGUUGAGGAAUGACAUUUGCAUUUAUCCACCAACAUUACUGCUCCGUACUACACAGCAUUAGGAAUCUCAAGUCUUAACUCUCAAACAUAAAGUUUACAUGUCAA